AUGUUUGUCCGGUUACUAAGCAUCAUUAUUAUUGUUAUCCUUCUUCUUCCAGUACUCACUAAGCCAAACUACUGCCAGCAAUACUGGGCCCUUCAAACUCAAACCCCUGUUUGUCCAUACAACAGUCCAUCUUCUCCCCACUCACUAAUCCUCCAUCUCGGUGGGCCUGCCCUAACGAGGUCUAGCGGCAACUCCAAAGAAGAAAAAGAAGAACAGAGAGAGGAAAAGGAUGAUUGGAUAGAAGGAUUUAUUGUUAUUUUUGGUUUUAAUAUUCGAGUCGAAUCAAAUUACAAAGAAUACCAUAGCUCGCGCGUUAUUAAUUUGGAGAAGGAGGAAGGAAGGCAGGAAGGAAGGAGGAGGGGGUUGCCCGCCUGUCAAAGUGCUCACUUGCACGCACUAAAUCCAAUUAGUACGGAUGGUGUGGAUGAUGGGCUUGUGUUUGAAAGUACGUACUUAGUCCGGAGAAACAAACCACUGGAGAUGGAUACUUAG